AAGUCAUGGAGGAGAAUGAUGAGAUGGUGGCCUCUCUGGGUGAUGGAGAAGGCAAUCAGAAUUCUGAGGGGCCUUCUGUUAAGUACGUCAGUGUGAGUGAACACCUUAGCACACAUCCACAAACUAACACAGAGAGGAAAUCCUUUAAAUGUAUGGAGUGCGGAAAGAGCUUCAGUAAAAGUGGAAAUCUUACUGCACAUCAACGAAUUCACACAGGGGAGAAACCAUUUAGAUGUAUGGAGUGUGGGAAGUGCUUCAGUGAAAGCGGAAAUCUUACUGCACAUCAACGAACUCACACAGGUGAGAAACCAUUUAAGUGUAUGGAGUGUGGAAAGUGUUUCCGUGAAAAUGGAAAACUUAUUAUACAUCAACGAACUCAUACAGGGGAAAAACCACUUAAAUGUACGGAGUGUGGGCAGAGCUUCAGUCAGAAUGGAACUCUUACAACACAUCUACGAAUUCACACAGGGGAGAAACCCUUUAAAUGUACAGAGUGUGGGCAGAGCUUCAGUCGGAAUAGAACUCUUACAACACAUCUACGAAUUCACACAGGGGAGAAACCCUUUAAAUGUACAGAGUGUGGGCAGAGCUUCAGUCGGAAGGGACGCCUUACUCUACAUCAACGAACUCAUACAGGGGAGAAGCCAUUUAGAUGUAUGGAGUGUGGGAAGUGCUUCAGUGAAAGCGGAAAUCUUACCGUACAUCAACGAACUCACACGGGUGAGAAACCAUUUAUAUGUAUGGAUUGUGGGAAGUGCUUCAGUCACAGUGGAGGUCUUAUAAGACAUCUACAAACUCACACAGGAGAAACCCUGUAAAUAUUUGGAGUGUGGAAAGAACUUCAGUGAAAAUGGAAAACUUACAAUGCAUCAACCAUCUUACACAGGUGAGAAACCAUUUAAAUGAAUGGAGUGUGGAAAGUGAUUCAAAUAUAACAGAGUUCUUAAUAAACACCUACGGACUCUCACAGGGGAGAACCCAAUUAGAUGUAUGGAUUGUGCCAAGCGUUUCCCACAGAGUUCACUUUGUCCCUCAUAUCAGCAGAAAGCAGAGACAUCACCUUGCUGACAAAGUUCCAUAUACAAAACAAAAAAAAUUCCUUCCAGUAGCACCUUAA